UCAGUUCUUCAUUGUCGAGUCAUCUGUUUGGUCAAUCUUUUGCUGCUUUCUUAGGGUUUGAAUGGAGAGAGGAAGGUGGUACCUGAACGCCCCACAAGAGCCAGCUACUAUAAGAGAGGUAGCUGCAGCGCUGGAGGACCCCCGCUGUUCGCUCAUACAGGCAGGAACACAGAAACCGCACAGCGGAGAGAGAAGAAAGGAAAAGACCGGCGUCAUCAGAAAGGGCAAGAGUCUUGGAGUGCGAGAUGAUGUCUGACGCCAGCGAGAUGUUGGCGGCGGCCUUGGAGCAAAUGGAUGGGAUCAUAGCAGGCUCCAAGGCCAUCGAUUACUCCAACGGGCUGUUCGACUGCCAGUCGCCCACGUCGCCUUUCCUGGGCGGCCUUCGGGUUCUGCACCUACUGGAGGACCUGCGGGCUGCGCUGGAGCUCAUGGACAACGAGGAGAGAGACAACCUGCGCUGCCAGAUCCCCGACUCCACGGCAGAGGGGCUGGCAGAGUGGCUGCACGGCCGAACGGGGAAGGAGUCGUCGGUGGAGGGCAUCAUGGCUGUGAAGUCGAACGUCCACAGCUCAGACGGCGUUUACCAAGAGCGCCUGUCACGCCUGGAGAGCGACAAAGAGUGUCUCAUUCUUCAGGUCAGCGUUCUCACAGAUCAGGUGGAGGUUCAGGGGGAGAAGAUCCGAGAUCUGGACAACAGUCUGGACCAACACCAGGAGAAGCUCAAUGCUGCUGAGGAGCUUCUGCAACAGGAGCUGCUGAACAGAACGACUCUGGAGACCCAGAAGCUGGAGCUCAUGACGGAGGUGUCCAGCCUGAAGCUGAAGCUGACCGCUUUGGAGAGGGACCACAGAGGCAGUGAGGGUUUGUUCCAGGAAGUGACGGAGCUGCGCUUCAGGCUGACGGACGUGGAGAAUGAGAGACUGCAGUGUGAGAGGAAACUGAAGAACUUUCAAGAGGAGGUGCAGCUCCUGCAGGAGCAGCUGGAGGAGCAGAGGAGACUGGAGGGGGAGACUGGCAUCGCCACCGAGGGGGAGGAACGAGAUGCUGAGAUGUUGAGGAUGAGGAGGGCGCUGCAGGCGCUGACGUCAGAGAACGACAAGAAGGAAAGACGGAUCCACGAGCUGGAGGAGUCGCUCUCCAAAUGCACGAACGCUCAGGAACCGCUCAAAGAGAAGCAGAGGGAGCACGACUACGAGGACAUCCAGGAUGACUCCUCCGUCUCUGUAUCCAUGGAGGUGACUCAGGUCAGCGUGGAGCAGGAGGGGGAGGCAGGAAGGAUCUCUGUGGAGUCAGCGCCGUGCAUCGCUGUGCUGUCGGAGAUGAAGGAGCUGGACCGAGAACGGCAGAUGAAAGCUGAGAGCUCGGCGGAUGGACGUCAGACGCUCAGCGAUCCAGAGAGUAAAGCUAAAGCGGCUCCGGCUUCUCUUCCCACCAAAACCACCGCCACCGACAGCUUCGGCGGCAGGAGGGCACGCGCCUCGUUCGGCCGCGGCUUCUUCAAGCUGCGAGGCGGAAAGCAGACGGCCAGCGACCCCAACCUCGCGGAGCAUAAAGGCACGGAGCACCUGGACCUGGCUGGAGUUCCUCCAAAGAGGCCUCACGACGCCCCCCCGCCCUCAUCUCCAGAACCCAAGAAGAAGUCCAGAGGCUUCCGGAGGUUUUUUGGCAGGUUGAAGAGGAGUCACUCCACCUCCUUCAACUCCGAGGAGGAAGACGGAGGCCUGUUCAGGAGGGGCGGAGUCAGAGCCACCGCCGGCCCCCGACUCGGCUGGUCACGGGAACCAAAACACAACUCUGCAGACGCUCCGUUCUCCCGCUGGAGUAAGGAGGAGGUCGUUGCGUGGCUCCAGGAUCAGGGUCUGGGUCUGUACGCGGCUCAGGGCCAGACCUGGAUCAAAUCCGGAACGUUGCUGCAGGCGUCUCAGCAUGACCUGGAGAAGGAUCUGGGCGUGAAGCAGCCGCUCCACAGGAAGAAGCUGCAGCUCGCCCUGCAGGCGCUGCUGUCCGGAGAGGAGGACCUGCGGGGCAGACUGGACCACAACUGGGUGACCAGGUGGCUGGACGACAUCGGGCUCCCGCAGUACAAGAGCAGCUUCGAGGAGGCGCGAGUGGACGGACGCGUGCUGCACUUCAUGACGGUGGAGGACCUGCUGUCUCUGAAGGUGGGGAGCGUCCUUCAUCACCUGAGCAUCAAGAGAGCCAUCCAGGUCCUCCGCCUGAACUCCUACCAGCCCAGCUGUCUGCGGAGGCGACCUUCAGACGAGACCAACAUCAGUCCGGCUGAGAUCUCCCAGUGGACCAACCACAGAGUGAUGGAGUGGCUGCGCUCCGUGGACCUGGCAGAAUACGCCCCCAACCUGAGGGGCAGCGGCGUCCACGGCGGGCUGAUGGUGCUGGAGCCUCGCUUCAACGUGGAGGCGCUCGCCCUCCUGCUCAACAUCCCUCCCGGGAAAACGCUGCUGCGGCGCCACCUGGCCACGCACUUCCACCUGCUGGUCGGCGCCGAGGCGCAGCGGCUCAAACAGGAGUGUCUGGAAAACCCCGACUACCAGGUGCUGACGGCCACCGCCAAGGUGAAGCCGAGGCGCCUUUCCUUUGGAGGUUUCGGGACCCUGAGAAAGAAACGCCACGACGACGGCGAGGAGUACGUGUGCCCCAUGAACGUGGAGAUGCCGAAGAGCAGCAGCUUCCAGAGGAGCGCCCGGAUCUACGAGGACGACCUGGAGCGGCUAGAGCAGAUGGAAGACUCGGAGGGAACGGUUCGGCAGAUCGGAGCGUUCUCUGAAGGAAUCAACAACCUGACGAGCAUGCUGAAGGACGAGGAGUUCCUGCAGGAGAUCCGGGUCUGUCCAGCAGAGGGCGACAGAGCACAGAACUCCGAGUCCGCCUGCUGAGAUCAACACAUUCACAGAAACUCCUUUUCCAGGAUUUUGUUUGUGGUACGGGAAAACCGAGAGUUCUGUUUUUAUUUUUACCGUCUUUUCUAACAUUAAAUGUUCCUCAGACAAA